UUCUCACCGAGCUGGGGGAGCUAGUGAUCGAUUAUUCUCCAGUGUUUGGGAAGAGUGAUCUGAGCAGGUUUGCAAAGUUGACGUUGAACCUGCAACUUGCGAGACGACUCUCAAGUAAUAAUUAGUCCAAGUCAACAAAGAAGAUGACGUCCUCCUUCUCCCUCCGGUCCGCAGCUCUCGCGACCGUCUCAGCACUCUUUGCCGAGCGGACCAUCGCCGGGGCCCCGGCAGACAAGUGCCCGACACGGUUCGCGUGGGAGGACGCUCAACUGACUGACCAGGUGAUCUCCAGCACCGACCCCUUGCUCUUUGGUUUCGGUUACCCUGUCGACACCGCGGCCUCCGCCUCCGAAAAUGGCGGGCCGGAGCUUCCAAACUGCAAAGCCAUGCCCGGCGACGCCUCGUGGCCGUCGCCAGAGACCUGGGCCCUCUUCAACUCGACCCUCGGCGGCGCCCUGAUCGAGACGGUUCCCAUCGCCGCGCCGUGCUACAACAAUUGGCCCCAGCGCGACGCCGCGGCGUGCGAGUACGUGACGGAGCACUGGGGCGAUCCGCGCAUGCACGUCGAGGACCCGACCUCGGCCAUGUUCCCCCUCUACCAGGGCCGCACCUGUCUGCCGACCGACGACCCGGACGGCAGCAACUGCACCCUGGGCGGCUACGCGGCCUACUCGGUCGCCGCCACCAACGUCUCGCAGAUCCAACUCGCCCUCAACUUUGCCCGCAACACCAACCUUCGCCUGGUCGUGCGGAAUACGGGCCACGACUUCAACGACCGGUCCAUCGGCGCCGGCGCUCUGUCCGUCUGGACACACAAGCUCCGCGACAUCCAGUUCUUGCCUGAUUAUAACUGCCGGGGUUACAGCGGGCCAGCCUUCAAGCUCGGCAGCGGCAUCAUGACGGAAGAGCUGUAUGCUGCGGCCGAGGAAAAUAAUGUCACGGUGGUCGGCGGCGAGUGUAGGACCGUGGGCAUUGCGGGUGGCUACAUUGCAGGUGGCGGCCAUUCGCCCAUGUCCGCCCUUCUGGGCAUGGGAGCUGAUCAAGUGCUGUCUCUCGAGGUUGUGCUCCCCAACGGGCGGUUCGUCACUGCCAACGAGGAUACGAACCCGGACCUGUACUGGGCUCUCCGCGGCGCUGGUGGCAGCACGUAUGGUGUGGUAACCUCGGUGACCAUCCGGGCCUAUCCGAAGAUUCCCAAUACGCUGAUGACUUAUUCCUACACCACGAGUCCCAACGUCACAACCGAUACCUUCUUUGCGUCGCUCGGCGUUUAUAUGAGCUACUUUGACAGGAUCACCGCGGCCGGCGCUUACGGCUACUUCAUCGUCGUCAGUAUCGGCCCCGACCAGUACCUCUUCAGCAUGAUGCCCCUGUGGGGAGCAAACAUGACAAAGCCGCAGCUCACCGAGCUCGCGACGCCCCUCCUCAACGACCUGGCUGGCCUGGGCAUCGCUAUCACUCCCAACGUCACCGAGUAUCCGUCUAUGUUCAGUGCGUUCAACGGCGCCUUCCCGGCGGCCGAGCAGGUCGGCGCCUACGACAACCACGCGGCCUCGCGCAUCUUCCCCAAGGAGAGCUUCGAGCCGGACCGGCUCAACGACACCCUCGCGGCAGUGCGCCACGCGGUCGAGGGCGGCGGCGUGCUAGUCGGCUACAACAUCCGGGCCGCGCCUAACCCGGCCGUCAACCAGACCAACAGCGUCCAUCCGGCGUGGCGCAGGACGACCGGCUUCUUUAUCCUGGGGGCGUCGUGGCCAGCCAACGCGACCGACGCGCAGAUCCAGCAGGCCAGCGAGACGCUGACCAACGACUGGAUGGCCCGCUGGCGCGCCGUCUCGCCCGGCGGCGGCUCCUACGCGUCCGAGGGCGACAUCAACGAGCCCGACUUCCAGCAGUCCUUCUACGGCGACCACUACCCCAGGCUGCUGGAACUCAAGAAAAAGUACGACCCCACCGGUCUGUUCUAUGCGCCUACCGCCGUCGGCUCCGAGUACUGGUACAUUACGGACCAAUUGCCGUGGAUCCCGACGCAGAAUGGGCGGUUGUGCAGGAAGAAAUGAUCCAUUUCGCUCGGGUAGCACCGAAUAAUUAAUAGCAGCAGGGGGUCUGUGUGACAUUAGCGUAGGUC